AUGGCAGCUGCCAAUUCUGAUCAAACUCAAUGGCACAUAUUUACCUGUGACGAACAAGAAUUCAGAGUACCUAUUCGAUAUCAAGAUCCGAAAAAAAUCGGACACGGUGCUUUCGGUGCUGUAGUUCAAAUGACAGAUACGGUCACUGGCAAAAGUGUUGCUAUUAAAAGGUUAAUUCAGCCAUUUCGAGGCACAGAACAUGCAAAACGAGCUUAUCGCGAACUCAAAUUACUCAUGCAUCUAAACCAUCCUGGUGUGCAUAUUGUACGAUUACUCAACGUUUUCACACCUGAUAAUAAGUUACGCGAAUUUCAAACUUUUUAUUUGGUGAUGAAAUAUGCCGGUGUUGAUUUGAAUCGUAUUAUUCGAAAACAUAAAUUCACUGAAGAUCAUAUCAAACAGAUCAUUUAUUCGAUACUUCGUGCUUUGAAAUUCGCACAUUCAGCUGAAAUCCUUCACCGUGAUUUGAAACCAUCAAAUAUUGGAAUCGAUGAAGAUUCGAAUCUCACGAUUCUUGAUUUUGGCUUAGGACGUGUUGCAGCCGACGGAGAUCAAACCGGUUAUGUUCAAACAAGAUGGUGGCGUGCACCGGAUGUAUAUGCGAAUUGGCAGAGAUAUGAUGAUAAAUUGGAUACAUGGUCUGUUGGUUGUAUAAUGGGCGAGUUGAUUCUACGUAAACCAAUUUUUCCUGGAACAGAUCAAACCGAUCAUUUGAAGAAGAUAUUUGAAAUGAUCGGUACACCUGAUAUGUCAACACUAAAGGAAAUUUGCACACCAGAUGUUGCAGAAUUUAUCUCACAAAUGCCGCGACAAGUCGGAAAAAAUCUCAAUGAACUGUUUGGCUACAAAUAUGCUGCAGAAAAUCCUCAACCAAUAUCCGGCAUUUCACCAGUAGGUGUCGAUCUUCUCAGACAUCUUCUAACGUUCAAUCAUCUUGAUCGGCCAACUGCUGCAGAAGCAUUAGCUCAUCCAUUUCUGGCUGACUUUCAUGAUCCUAUGGAUGAACCAACUCUAAACCCACUGGUUGAUGAACAUCAAAAUGCACGUCACAAUGUUGAAAAUUGGAAAAGUAUUAUCUGGGAACUAAUUCAACGGUUUGAGGAACCCGUAGUAGUCGAUGACGAUGAUGACGACGAUAUGGAUGACGAUUCAUAA